AUGAAGGUUACGCUAUGCCUUGACGGGAUUUUAUCGCAAAUCGAGCUAAAUGAUGAGCUGAAACUGGACGCCGCGCUACUUGUGUGCUUGACUAAGAACGAACGAGGAGGAGAACCGUUGACUACCCUGACCCUGUACAUCGACGAUAAGAAGAUCGACAUUGCCGAAAAUGGCCCCAAAACUCUCCAGGAAGCUGGGCUUCAUGAAGGUUCUCUAUUGUCACUCUGCCGCCUCGAUGGAAUUCAUGCGUUAGGCCUCUCAAACGACAAACUGACUAACUUGAUUCGCGUCAUCAAAAUCCCGAAAGGCAAAUCGAAAAAAGAGGAAUAUCUUGCCAGUUCGAUGAUGAGCUACAUUGCGUACAAAACAUUCCCCAGUAUUCCACUCGAGCAGCGGGUGCAGAUGCCGCUUUUGGACGCGGUCACGAAGAGUCACCCUGGCGAUUUCGGCGCUUUCCACUUGGUUCACGAAAAAAAUCUGAAAAGAAAGCGCGGCGAGGCCAUCCCAGCCAACAAGGAAUCAAAGCGCCGCAGAAUGCUUGAGGAGAAUAUGGUGCGGGCCUACGACGAGCUGCCAGAAUCGUUCACCAACGCUGGCAUGCUGUACAUCAAAGCGUCAAUCAAUGCAAAGCCGAUUACAUGCCUUGUCGAUACGGGUGCCCAAAUGUCGGUUAUGGGUGAGACGACUGCAAAAGCGUUUGGUUUGACAGAUCUGAUUGACACCCGCUUCCAAAUUGACGUUGCCGGUGUUUCCGGAUCGAGCAAGGCUUUGGGCAAGAUUACUUAUGCCGUCGAAGGCGUUGAGAUCCCGACAUCUCUAACUGUCGUUCCCGACUCUACCCUACGCCCCCAGCUCAUCUUGGGCCUCGAUACGAUGCUCCGCCACAAUGUUAAAAUUGAUCUCGGAACUCGCGUGAUGAUCUUUGGCGACAGCCUGCGCACGCCGUUCAUGCACCCCGACGAGGCGGCCAAGAUGCUCUCGCGUGACAUGCCCGACGUCAAAGAAGCUACCGAGACUCCCCAGCAUAACACCCAC